CACACUGUUAAUUGAAUUAAUUUCUUCGUUCUUAGAGAAGGAAAAUAAUACUCAAAAGAAUAGAUCAUAGAGAAAAGAUGCAGAUGAAGAAGAGUCUUUGGAUUGUUAUGCUUAUUAUCACGGUGCUUGUGGUGUCAUCGCAGUUUUGUUUUGUGCAUGGAAGAGUUCUUCGACCGGAGGCGUUAAAGUCACCGGUUGGUGACGGCUGUGAGGACUUGAAAGGAGAAGAUUCUUCUCUUGGAAUGGCGAGUUUCGCUGUUGCUUCUAACAACAACUCCAGCACUCGUCAAUUUGCAAGAAGCUUGGCAUAUAGAUUAGCUUCUGGACCUAGCAAAAAGGGUCCUGGGCAUUAGUCUUAAUUAGUUAAUUGCUUGUUACUACAAUAUUAUAUAUGGUUUUCUUUUCUUCCAUUUUUGGUUAUGAAUUUUUUCUUUCUUUUCUA